AUGGCCGAGUCCAAUCCCACAACGAGGGAGGUGUCCACCACCCACGGCAACCGCACCGGCGACAACGAGCUGGUAAUUGAGAGCUAUCGCGUCAUGUGCUCUCGCAAGAACGAGGAGUCUGCCCUCCAGCAGCAGCAGAUCGAGCUUUUGAAGCAGGCUCUGGCGGAGAAGUUUCUCCCGCUGCCAGCCGGGCUUGCGGCCCUGGACCGCCAGCUCGACGAGCUCAAGAGCCCCCGCGAGGGAGAAGCGCUCGCGCAGGCCGAUAUGAACAAGGGACAAGGUGCAUCCCCAGGCGCCAAGUCUUCUCAGAAGUUGUCCGAUGAGCCAGAGGAGAAUGACUCUGAGCCAGAGGAGAAGACCCCCGAGCCAGAGGAUGCUGGCGACGUCACUCUCAUCACAAUCCGUGACGAAGACACUCCGGUCGCCAGAAUCCUGGCUAACAAGCCUAUCACGGCGAACAUGACCCCCACCCCCCGUCGCCACCCCGAGCCAGAAGAUGCUGGAGACGUCAGUCUCAUCACAAUCCGCGACGAAGACACUCCGGUCGCGAGAAUCCUGGCAAACAAGCCUAUCACGGAGAACAUGACCCCGACCCCUCGUCGCACGCCCUUGCCAUCCUCGUGCAGGAGCAAGAAGGGUCUGAACCUCAUUGAGCAGGCUUGGAAGGCCAGGGAGAAGGCCAUGGACUUCAACAGCGGCAACGUCGGCAACGCGACCCCGGCUCCCGUUCGCCGCCACACACAGGCGUCCGGCCCCUCAGCCUCGCCCCAGCAGCCUUCCCCUCGUCCCCAUGGUGACGAGGCGCACGAGAGCCCCGCUGGAGAGCAGAGCUUUUUUGACAUGUACGAGUACCCGGACCCGAAUGCGGAUCGCUUCGGUCCCCCGCCCGAGGGAGCCGACGAGCUCGGGGCGGAUGACAGCUGCAUGAGUUAUCAGCUGUCUUCAGAUGGUGAGGACGGGGCCGAUGCCAGCGCCCACAACUCACCCAACAAGCAGGCGUGGGAUCUUCCUGACUACGAGGAUUCCGAGGACGAGGCUCCCGUCCCCAAGAGGCGCAAGGUUGCCGAUGAGGCUCCGGCUUCCGCCUCGGCCUCGGCCUCGCCCGCCGCCAAGGGCAAGGCUCCUGCUCGUACUCCUGUCUCCGCCGCCAACAAGGGCAAGGCGCCUGCUUCUGCCCGCGCGAGCUUGUCACGCAAGCGAAGCCGCGACGACAUCGAGGCCGACGCCGCUGAGCAGCCGCACAAGAGGCAGCGCAAGAGGCUCAGCCAGGACGACACUCCUGCUGCUGCUACCGAGGACGAGGCUCCCGCUGCUCCCGUCGAGAGCGAGGCUCCUGUCGUUGCCUCCCAGAGUGAGGCUCCUACUGCUGCUGCCGCCCAGGGCAAGGCUUCUUCUACUGUUGCCUCUCAGAGCGAGGCUCCUGCCGCUGCUCCCGUCCAGGGUGAGGAUGUCGAUGCUGCUGCUUCCCAGGGCGAGGCUCCUGUUGUUGCCUCCCAGAGCGAGGCUCCCGCUUCUGCCAAGGGCAAGGCUGCAGCUGCUCCGGUCACAAACUCGUCGGGCAAGCGGUCUCGCGACGGCGGUGACGAUAGUGCCAGCACCACACCCGCGCGGGCUUCGAAGAGGCAGAAGACGUCUCAUGCCUUGGCUGAAGCGCCUGUUGCUGCUGAGUCUGCAGCUGCUGGGGCCAGCGAGCAACCCAGCCUGGAGGAUUACCAGCGUCUUUCGGGACGGGUGGUCCAAACCCGCCUCCAGCAAUUGCAAGGACAAGAGAAGCUUGAGGAACGGUGGGCCGGUCUCGCCCCCAGCCCUGUCCCCGAGCCGUUCACGCCUGAGGGAUCCCCCGCGCCAGGAGCCGGGCCUUUUAAGGAGGAAUCCCCUGAGCCAGGUGUCCUCUUCGAGCGGGAAUCACCUGAGCAAGACGAGCCUGUGGUAGCUGGUCCGGCUCACCAGCAGGCCGCGGAUAAUGCGCCGCCGCGCGUGCCAGCCACCAGGAGACUCGGCCUCACCGACCAGGGCACCAUCACCGUCACGCAGCUGAGCAAGAUGUCCAAGUACAGGACCACCGCCAACACCAGGACCGCCUUCAACGAGAAGGGUCCCAUCGCCAACCGCCCGUGGGUGUUCGCGUACACCUUUGGCGACCAGUACGCCCUGUACGUCAUGCACUGCCCCACGAAGGGCUGCCCCAGGGCGAAUUACGACAACAGCCCGGAUGCUUUCACUGUGCACCCUCUCCGGAACAUGAGUGGCACCGUCCGCCACCUGGAAGAGUGCUGUGGCGACGCUGGUGGUGGCGACACAGAUGUGCUGGUGCGCAAGUACUGCAAGCAAGUGAUCAGCGAUCGCAGGAGGCCCAUCACCAUCGAGUGGGCUCGCAAGUGGAACAGCGACUUGGUUGACCUGUACGGCAACUUCGCCAACUUCGGGCAGGACAACGUCUUCUGA